CUCGUAGUGCUCGAGCUGGACAGCGUAGGCGGAUCAAUCCGCAAGAAAACCGGCUCUUUCCUGAUCAUUGAGCGGUUCAAGGUUGCCUGGGAGCCUGUGUGCAUGAGCUUCUCCUUGAGGGACAAGGCAAAGCGCGGUUGGCUUGGUCAACGCGUGACCACGUCCAUUCAAGUGUCCCAUGUCCCAAACAUCGGCGCGUUGAGCGUUGGCCAUACGGGUUGAGGCUGUCGAGCGGACGUGCAACAAUCUUUGACCAUGAGUGCACCGAAGUCACAAACCAAGUCGUCUGCUUCGAGCGGUCCAGCAGCAGAAGAGCCAUCGGCAGCAGCGAACCGCUUGUCAACCUUGAUGGCAAAGGCCUCCAAGGCAACCGGGAGUGAUACUCACGUUGCAGUCGUAUCUGCAGGGACUGGCAGUGGUGCACGGCCGCAUACUGGAAGUCUCGUGGUGGCGGCUCCAACAGCCGCAGCGCUGUCGCUCGCGCCGCCGCAAACGAGCGAUGCCAAGGCGACUCUGAUGGCUGGCAAUGAUGCGGUUUGGCGCAGUUCGGCUGCAAAGCGCGCGGAGAGGGCUUGGGCGGUGCAGAGUGAAAGAUCUCUCGCAAACGAUCCCAAGUUCAAGAAAUAUCAGAGCACAAUCGAACGGACUCUGGCCACAUUCGACAGCGUGAGCGAAUGGGCAGACUUUAUAUCAUUUCUUACACGCCUGCAGAAGGCUCUGCACGCGCAAUCCUCAUUCAAUGUGAUUCCUCGGAGGCUCAUCGUCGCGAAGCGCCUCUCGCAAUGCCUCAACCCUGCUCUCCCUUCUGGGGUACAUCAAAAGGCCUUGGAAGUCUACGAGCAGAUUCUGACAUCGAUUGGCCGAGAUGGCCUGCGCCGUGAUCUUCACAUCUGGUCGCCAGGAAUAUUUCCUUUUUUCCAAUUUGCGUCCACCAGCGUGCGUCCGAACCUGCUCAGCAUCUUUGAUCGCUUCUACCUACCGCUAGGUGAAGACUUGCGACCUGUCGCCAAAGCAAUGCUGUUAGCUCUCCUUCCCGGGCUCGAGGAGGAGUCCGGUGAAUUCUUUGAUCGCGUCCUGCGCUUGCUCGACCAUGUCUCAACCUCCAUCACGGAGAGCUUCUUCCUGCAGAAUAUCUGGCUCAUCAUCAUCACUGCACUCCCGGUUCGACUGGCGGCUCUCAACUACCUCCUCAGGCGUCUGCCCAAGCUUGACAAGCUGACGGGAGCAGAUGCAACUAAGGUCGUCGGACAGGAUCUUGGCUUGAUGGUUCGCGCUUUCACUGCUGCGCUCAGAGACGAUGCGCUGCUUGUGCGGCGCCUAACACUCGACUUGCUUGUGACACACUUGCCCGUCAGGUGCCACACUUUCUCGCACGUCAUCAAGCCGGAUGAUGCGAUAAUGCUGAUUGGCGCCGCAACCGCUGUCGUCUUGCGAAGAGACCUCAGUCUCAAUCGACGCCUCUAUAGCUGGCUGCUUGGGCCUGAGGACGAGGACCAAAACAAGUACCUCAUGAAGUACUCGCUUGACUUUGUCAGACUGUCCUUGAUUCAAGGCCUCAACCGCUCUUCGAACAUGGACGUAGAUGCGACCAUGGAGGCGCAAGAACCAUAUCGUGUCUUCAUCUCCCUUCUCGACAAAUGGGAGAUCGGCCAGCCGCUGAGCAACGUGAUCAUUCUUGAUAUUUUCAGCUCCCUUCAAAAGUUAAGAGAAGCAGGUACAACGGCAAUGCCAGAGCAAGAUGGUAUGGGGACGACAGCCAAGAUGCUUUUCGAAGUCGUCGAUCCGUUUGCAAUGUACAGACAGUUCUACUUUGCACUCAAGCAUGAGCUCGAUCCGGCCGUCAAUGCAACGAAUCAGACGACGGCCUCCACUCGCACUGUUGAAGAAGAGAAGGACUCUGCUGUCAAGCUGCUUGCAUUCGUUCUCAAGUCAUUUCCAGUGCACGACGACGAGACCCGGCAGAUUCAUCUGCCUGCUCUUUUUAGCGGCCUCCUUCACCUUAUCCUGCAGCUCUUCCGACGCGAGACGAUACCCGCUUCCACCGAUGUGGCCGAAGCUCUCUUUCUCGCUCAGCAGAUUCUGGCUCUGAUCCCGCCCAAGGUGUUUGUCAGGGUCAGUCAGGAGGCACAGGUGGCAGAAAGCUCCAAUCUUGCUGCCGAAGGUGAUUUUGGCCAGCAAGUCGAGUUAUUCUAUGCGCCGCGUGAUCCAUUAGCCGGAGAAGCCAAAAGGCUUGUUCUCAGCUUCCAACGCGCUGAAGUCGUACUGGCCCUCCUACAGCUGGCUGCCAAGCUAUCAGAUGAGACCAUGCUGCAAGACCGGUUGAAGGCACUCCGGCCGCUUGCGAUUUCUGUGCUUCGCAAUAUCCUCCAAGCCGUUCAAGCUAGCGAAACAGCGCAUGUCGCCUUGCCGAUGGGAGUGGACGGAAUGCAGCCUAGAGUGCAAUGGGAUGUGGACACGUGGUCGGUCAAAGCACUGCGAGCGCUGGGCACAGCUACCGAACCGGAGGACAUCGACGCACUCGCAAGCUGUCUAAUCGCAUGCGCGACUUGCGACGCACUACAAAAGCCGCUGUCUCUACACGGGCGCGCCGCAGUCGAGCUCAUCAUCGACAAAUUGUUCGCGCUCCUCACCCGGGACAUGAUCUCGCUUCAUCAACAAGCCUCCGAGCUCAUCACUGCCGUCCAUGUACUUGCACCAGAGCGUCUCGUUGAGGCUUCUAUCUGUCGCCGUCUGUCACAGCCUUCUCUGCAACCGCGUCUUGCGGCUUUCGAGGCGCUGGGCAUUCUUUGGAAGGUUCUCGAUGAUCGGGAUGAGAGCGCCCAAUUUCUUGACUUGCCUCUUCGGCUUGUGCUGGACGGUCUUCGCUCCUCCCACGUAGCCGAACGCCAAGCGGCUGAAGCAUGGCUCCGCAAUUACGUCAAGUCCUUCGCGCGCAUUGUGACUCCGUGCCUUCGACAAAUGCUCGAGGUGCCGCUUACACUCCGGCCUUGUUCGCAGCAAAUUUCUGGUAUCCAGGUCACGGGGUUCGCCUACGAGCAACCCUUCGAUUGCAAAAUUCUGAGCUACUCGGUCAUUUCGCUUUCCAGUAUCGUCAAGGAGGGAGGACUUGCAUGCCUUCGUACGCUGCGUAGCACAUUAGUCCGCAGCUGUCGAGACCCAGCUUUGGUCCAGCUCUCAGUACAAGCUGGCUUUAGCGUGGAGCAAACCUUGCUGGAACUCAUUCUUGAUCUCGCAGCUCGCUUCCUUCGAACCAGUUGCCCCGAGGCAUAUCGCGCGUCCAUUGGCCUUGCGGUGACGACACUACAAGCUGAAGCAGCGGACCUGAUCCAAUUCAUCGCUUCUCGUCAGCAUCUCGAAUCCCCAAAGUCUGAGGAGCUAAAGCAGGUCGUCAUCCAAUGUACAGCAAAAGCGAUAGCUGAUGGCGACUUACUGGGCCAAAACAAGCUUCUUCAUGCGCUGCACGCCCUGCUGCACGGCCGAAGCAAUAUCGAAGAGAGCGGUGGUGACACAGUGCGAAGUGCUAAAGCAGCGGCGUUGCCUGGAAAAGUAGGGAACGAACUGCUAAAGCUGCUUCGGGCUGGACUAGCAGUGCAGUGCAAUAGGCCCGCUCUCCACCACUGGGCCGACUUUGCGUUCUCGAUUCUGCCUAUAGUCCGCCAUGAGAUUGCAGACUUCUUGGUCCCAUUAGCGGAUUGCGUUUGCCAGCUGCUCCGGGAGGAACUCGCCGAACUUGAGGUUGUCUGCCUCCAUGGCACUCGCACAGACAUUACGGACGCGGAGCUCACUACACUCAUUAAUCUUGCUGAGCGUAUCAUCAACCUCUGCAUCGAGGAGACCGCCGGCGUGUCCAACAAUGGCGAUACCACCGAGCCUCUAACACCAAAUCCUGUGGCUCAAAAGGAUGUGUCAGCAGGACUACUGGGCUUUGUCACUGGCUCUCGCACUGUGACUUCCGGUAAAGACGCUGAUGAGGGGGCUAUUGCGAGCUUCUCUGCUGAUGCUAUUUUGCAGCGAUUCGUCGGAGACCUUCUGGUGGCUUGGCGUAUGUGCUCUCGCAAGUUCCCUGGUGACGCGCGGCGUGAUCUCGGGGUCAUAACAGCCAUCUUCAUCAAGACCAAAGCCCGAUGCCGAAGAGCGCUAGAACGUCUUUACCGCAUGCGCUCCGCCGAUGUAGUGAUGGCACUGAUCUCAAGCGUGCAAGAGCCUGGCCCAGGAAAACUGCGAGAUUUGGACACGCUCUUUGAGGUCCUGGACGCCCUCGUUCCGAGCGAGCAAAUUGCUGUCACCUACAUCUGCGACGCGCUCGUGAAUCGCCUUGAAUCCCCUUCAGACAAAGGAAAGCGAAAGCCGUCGUACCCACACGUGCUAGACGACAGUCUUUUCGCGCUUCUGGAGGCGUACAACAGCAGACUGGACGGUACAAGAGCAGCCCAAGUCUGGCCAGUCCUGCACGUCAUGGCCAAAGAUGUGACCGUCCAAAGUUCUGCUCUGGGAGCAGCGAUAUACGGCGUGUUGAGGAUCUUGGGCGCCGUCGGUGCAAAGCUCAGCGAGGCCAAAGUUUUUGAGGACAAGAGGUUCCGCAAAGACGUGCAAGACAUCUUUUUGAAAGUGCUGGACAGUUCUAUCCUGAUUGCAGGCCGUGCACCAGAAGCUUCGCUUUUUGGGCGACGUGCUGCUCGAGACGCAGACGAGGACGAUCAAACUUCCAAGGGUGAUGGUGCUGAAGAAGAAAAGAUGGCAGCGUCACUUGCAGACUUAUCUGAGCACGCGUUGGCAGACCAGAUGAUCAUGCAAAUGGCGGAUCGAUCAUUUCCCACGCUUCGGCAAAUGACUCUGGAUGCUGACCGGCUCCAAGCAGUAUAUACAAAUGCGAUGUACUACGUCGUCGGCCCCGCUUUGAAGACAAAGUCGAGAAACUUUGACGUCGACGUAGCGACAUUGGAGCUCUUGCGGCAACUCUGCUCAAUGCCGCACAGUGUCAAGACUUGGCGCUCGCAGGUUUACGAGGCCUUCCAUGAUGCACGUUUCUUUAGAGUUUCAAGCGUAGCUGUCGACAGAUGGAAGCCAAUCAUCCUGCAUCUUUACACUCUUGACAAAGAGCGCCUUAGCGAGGCAAUUUCGCGCAUCGGAGCUGCGCAAUCUGCGAAUAUCUUCACCAAUAGAGAGGCCGAGGCUCGUCUCCGAGCUUCAAAUAUCAGACGGCUUUCUUUCAUAUUGUUCACCGCCAAUGUGGACUUUUGGUUGCCGCACUUUCCAGCGAUCCAGGAGCGCAUUGUGGACAUUCUCAAAGCAUCCGUGUCCGAGGUUGUAGAGGCAGAGAUCUGGCUAUGCCUCCGCGUUGUGCUAUGUCGAUUCUCGCCGCAGCAUCUCAGCUCAAUGUGGCCGGUGAUAAUUUCUGAAAUGAUGGAGGCUUUCGAGGCCCUCAUCGAUGGCCUUGCGACCCUUGGCUCAGACCGCGUGCGUGUUCUGGGCGAGCUCUCCAAAUUUUUGGAUCUUCUGCUCACAAUGCAGACGCCAGACUUCCAAGUUCAUCAAUGGCUUUUCGUCCCUGACACGACCGAUGUGGUGUACCCACCGGACGAUUGGGUUUCAGAAGCAUUGGUGGACCGAGUGACGCAAGCGCUUAUGGAGCAGCGCCCAGCAAUCAAGUCUAACAAAGUGAAGGACGGUCAAACUACGGCGAGUUCAACUGAGGUGGCGACAGGUACAUUGCCGCUUCGUCGCCCGAUGCUGCGAUCUGGACCGAUCGAAUCGGUGGACGAGCUUGCUACCUUCUUUCGGUAUGUCAGCAUCAGCGCUUACGAAGCCGUGUAUGCCACGCAAGGGAUCGAUCAACGGUACAUCGAACAUUGUCUGCUUGAAGACAUGUUCAACGAGCGCGAGACGUGACUGUAGACUACUGCGCCAACGCCGCGAGCAAUGCCACAGAUGCUCCGAUGGCACCGGCGAC